AUGGACGCCCAGGCAGAAGGAGCCGCCGGUGAGGCUCAAGGCGAUGAGAGCCGCAGUGGCUCAACCUCAAAGACAACUUCCACCUCGUCGGCCGAGUCAGCCUCGCAGGUGCUCAGCGAUUCCAACAGCGUCGCCGGUGUCAAGCGCCCUAGUGGGCACGACGGAGCUGGUGAUGCCGAGGACGAUGACGACGGCUGGCAGACCAUCAGGAACGGCAGGCCCACCAAGAAGUUGAAAAAGGUGCCCAAGAAGGACUCGAACAACUAUCCCACCAUUCAGUUCUCUUCGUCGUGUCGCCUUCAGAACAAGAUCCAAGUCUCGGACCUUCGCCACCUCGUCUUGUAUCUCUUUGCCGACGGUGCGGCGCCUCACUGGGUCGCCGUCUCUCACCGUCCCAACUUCAGAAAGAUUGUCGUCGUUCUCGUCCCUGGCCUCGAGGAGGCCAUGUUCAAGAAACAUGUUGAUUUUUCCAAAUACAGCGAGGCAGCCGGUACUUGCAAGUUUGGUCAAGCGACCAACCAAGUCCUUUCCUCACCGGACGACUACUAUCCGCGGAAGCUGAAAAAGGACGAGCUCGCCGAGCCCCUCCAGCCCUUCGCCGACAUGUUUGAGUACAUGUGGCCAGUCAGGGCCACGGGCAACGAGAGGGUUGGCAACAUGCAUUCACCAAUCACUACGUUUCUUACCGCCCCCAAUACGAAAUCCAAGGAGGAAAAGGACAAGAACAAGAAAGGCCCGCGCUAUGUCGACUCGAAUCAGUUCAAGGACGUGCGUACUCGAAUCACCGAGUUUGUGACCACCCCCCAGAUCUAUCUGCAGAACAAUUUCCUUCUGCACCCCGCCAUGCUUCCCGACGAAGAGGCUAGAAAGGCCUUCAAGGACCAAGAGGGAUGGGUCCACACCAACGUCGAGAAGCUCGAGGAUGGCACGAUCCCCGAGAGCGAAGUGGAGCAAGGCAGCAUCACAGCCGGACACGAUGUCUACGCCAUCGACUGCGAGAUGUGCAAGACUGGCGAGAGCGAGUUCUCCCUGACGAGGAUCAGCAUCGUCAAGUGGGACGGCGAGGUAAUCAUGGACGAGCUCGUCAAGCCCGACAAGCCCAUCAUCGACUACCUGACCCCCUAUUCGGGCAUCACCAAGGAGAUGCUGGACCCCGUCACGACCACGCUGCACGACAUUCAACAGCGGCUGCUCAAGCUCUUCGACGCCCGCAGCAUCCUUGUCGGGCACUCGCUCGACUCGGACCUGAGCGCCAUGAAGCUCACCCACCCCUUCAUCGUCGACUCGUCCAUCAUCUUCCCCCACCCGGCCGGCCCCGAGAAGAAGCACGGGCUCAAGUGGCUGGCGCAAAAGUUCCUCAACCGCGAGGUGCAAAAGGGCCACGGCACGGCGCGGGGCCACGACAGCGUCGAGGACGCCCGGACGUGCCUCGACCUCGUCAAGAAGAAGUGCGAGAAGGGCAAGCUCUGGGCCACGGGCGAGAGCGACGGCGAGAACCUCUUCAAGCGCCUCGGCCGCGCGGGCACCUCGUACCGCAGCCAGGCCGGCCCCACGGCCACGGGCGGGCUCGCCACGGGCAAGACCACGGCCGCCGUCGACUGGGGCAACCCGCGCGGCACCAUGUGCGGCGAGGCCGCGCACGUCAUCGCCUGCCGCAGCGACGCCGACGUCGAGGCCGGCGUCGUGCGCGCCGUGCGGGGCGACCCGGACGGCGCCGAGAUACGCGGCGGCGGCGUCGACUUUGUCUGGGCGCGCCUGCGCGAGCUCGAGGCGCAGCAGGGGUGGUGGAACCGCAACCGCACGACGGCCGACGACCCCAACGGCCCGCCCGCGCCGCUGGCGCCGAGCGGCGGGGAGGACGGCGGCGGCCGCCGGCCCGGGCUCGAGGUCUGCGUCGGGGCGACGGCCGCGCGGCUCCGGCGCAUCUACGACGCGCUGCCGCCCUGCACGGCGUUUGUCGUGUUCAGCGGCAGCGGGGACCCGCGCGAGAUGAGCGGCCUGCAGGCGCGGCGGGCGCAGCACAAGAGGGAGUACCACACCCCGGGCGUCAAGUGGAGCGAGAUCUCGGUCAAGUGGGACGACGAGGAGGAGCAGGCGCUCAAGAGGGCCGUCAGGAAGGCGAGGGAGGGCAUUGGUUUCAUCGCGGUCAAGUAA